CUCCAGCGGCGCGGCGGCUUCAACGGCGGCUCCAGCAGAUUGCUAGAAGAUGGAAGGAAAGGGAAAGGGACUAGUAAAUCCAAAGAAAAGAGGAAGAGAUUUGAAACGUCCUUGGUCAGACCUGGAGAUACAAGAUGGGGCUCUCAUUACACAACCUUAUCUCACAUUGAAUCAAUGUGGGAUGCAGUCAUAGAAGUUUUGGGCAUUGUUGAGGAUGAUGUGCGUGUUCCAUGUAGAGCAGGAGGUUUGGUUCAUCAAAUGGAGACUUUUAGCUUUGUGUUCAUCCUGAAGAUGAUGCUAAAGAGCCUUCGUAUGACAAAUGAUUUGUCUCUUCUAUUGCAAAAGAAGGAUCAAAAUGUUGUUCAGGCAAUGUCAUUGGUUACGGAUGUGAGAACACGUUUGAUCAAUUGGAGAAAUGAUGGUUGGGAGCCACUCUUGGAAGAUGUCAAAGCCUUUUGCACCAAAAACGACAUUCCAAUACCAAAUAUGGAUGACAUGUUUACAAAGUGGGGAAAAUCAAGAAAAGGUGGACGAAACAAUGUCACAGCUGAUCAUUUUUUUCGUGUGGACACCUUCUAUGCUGCCAUAGACUCCAUCACCACAGAGUUUGAUCAUCGUUUCAAUGAGAUUAUGAACGUGAACAUAUAGUUGAUAACCUCGAGCUAUUCAUUAUCCAUAUGAGAAGAAUUGAAGAAUUUAGAGCUUGUCAUGAUAUUGCAAGCCUAGCUAAAAAGAUGGUUGAACUUGAAAGGCAUGUCAUGUUUCCUGCUGUUUAUCGUCUCAUUGAGUUGGCAUUGCUACUACCGGUAGCGACGGCAACAGUUGAAAGAGCCUUCUCAUCAAUGAAAAUCAUCAAGACUGAGUUGCGCAGCAAGAUGUCUGAUGGCUGGCUUAAUGACUUGAUGGUGUGUUACAUUGAGCGAGCGAUCUUCAAAAGUAUUGAUCUUGAUAAAAUUAAGGAAGAUUUUCAGAAGGAAGGUAGGGCACUGCCAUUGCCUGGGUCUUCUACACGCCAUUAAAAGCUUCAUUAUCGGUAUGUUUUAGGUUGUUUUCCUAUUGAGACAUGUCUACAUUUCCAUUGUAUUUGGUUAUUCGUUCGUAGUGUGUAUUGUUAGUCAGUGUUGUUACUUGUUAGUGUGUAUUGACUCUUUGAUUCGUAUAAAAAAUAAAUCUUAGUGAGACUUCGCCACACCUUAAA